AGACGGCCUCGUAACAACGUAAAAGGCCUUGAAUUUUGUGUUGAUUCGCAAAAUAAGACAGAGUAAGAGACCAUGACAAUGACACGGUAAAAUAUGAAAAUGAAUACUUUGAACUACUUUGAAAAUGAGCUGCAUUCCUUAAUUUGUGUAAAUAAAUGGCCUACACUCCUACAGACCUUAUUCAAAGACAAACAUGCCUACUAAGCUUAAGAGUAUUUCUAAAUGUAGUUAUUUAUGUUUUAUAUAAAACUGUUUUCUUAUUCCUAUAACUAAAUUUUAGUACCACAGUCUUAGUAAGGACGCCUAGGAAUCGGUUUGACUAAUUUAAUAACUGCACAUUACUGACAAAAUUAAAAAUAUUGUCAGUAAUAUGCAGUAAUAUAAAUACUUUUUAUUCCCUUUAGACCUACACAGUUUAAUUGUGGUUUAAUUAAAAUUUAAAAAGUAACUUGUCAUUCAAAAGCAUUUUUCAAAAUUAUCGUUUUAUAAAUACAUGUAAAAGUUAUCAAUUUUAUAAUUUUUUUAUACAAACUUUACUAAAUUCCUGUAAAAAUGGCAGACACUGAGGCAGAUGAUAAAGCAAGUGGCGAUGGGGCAUCGGAACAGAAACAGGAAGAGCAACCGGCCUCUGAACCUCAGCCACCGGCCAAAAUUCCCGAUGUAGAACUUAUUGUAGAUGGGUUUGGUUUCAUGCCUAAAGACUAUCCUCGGGCCGCUAAAAGCACAUCUUCAAAUGUAUUCACAAAGUCUUCCAAAAUAUUGAAAGAAAUUAAAGGUCCAGAAGGUGAACAUAGUCCUUGUGCGUCGAGUACUAACAUUGAUAUUGUUAGAAGGUACACUUGGAAGACUAAAAAUAGAAUGACUGUCCAGAUCAUCACAUAUGGCGCUACUAUUACAAUGAUUCAAGUACCGGAUCGCAAGGGAGUCCCAGAUGAUGUUGUUGCAGGGUUUGAUACCUUAGAAGAAUACUUCCAGACAAGAAAUCCUUACUUUGGUGCGACUAUAGGGCGGUAUGCAAAUUACAUUAGAGAAGGUACAAUGGUUGUAAAACCAUCAGGGCGGAUGUACAUGCUAUCUACGAACAGAGGUCAUAAUCAUUAUAAUGGUGGCUAUAUGGGAUUCGAUAAGGUUAACUGGCGUUCAUAUGUGGUUGGGAACAAAGUGAUAAUGAGCCAUGUAUCUGAGAGAUUUCACGAAGGUUACCCUGGGACACUGAUGGCUCAAGUCGCUUUCGAAGUCACUUGCGAGAACACCCUGAAAAUAGAAAUGAAGUGCACUACCAGUGAACCUACUAUUGUCAACUUGAGCAACGCACCAUACUUCAAUCUGGCUGGUCACCAUGCGGGCUGCGAAACAAUGUAUGACCAUAUAUUUACUAUCAAUGCGGACAAGUACACAGCUGUAGACGAAGAAGGUCUCGUAACAGGGGAAAAGAAAAUAGUUGGCGGUACAGCAUACGACUUCAGAGUGCCUCGAGUCCUCAGGACCAUGUUACCUCGCAUACCCUUGGGAGGCUAUGAUGUCAACUUUUGCAUCUCUCAAGGCACCGAACAGGACCUGACGUUUCAAUCUCGCGUACUCCACCCUGGGUCCGGGAGAGUAUUGGAGGUAUAUAGCAGUCAACCUGGUAUGCAAUUUUACACGGGCAAUUUGCUUCCUGAUCCUGAUAAGAUCGUUGAGGAAGCUGAGGUGGCCGGUGAGGAACACAAGUCUGAGAGUGAAGCAAGCAGUAAAUCGAGUGCGAAUGGCGAGGAGGCGAAUGAAGAGGAAAGUGAGGGGAAGAAGAGUUUUGGAUACGUGCCCCUUAUGGGCAAACAGGGCACUCACUACAAAAAGCAUGGAUUGUUCUGUUUGAUGCCCCAAAACUACCCUGAUGCAGUCAACAAUAAAAACUUUCCGAACUCUGUAUUAAAUCCCGGAGAAGUCUACGUUCAUCGAAUACAGUACAAGUUUGGUAUAUUACUGGGAAAAUAUAUUUAACAAGUAAAAAUCGUAUAUGGUUCAAGGAAAUGUUGUGGUGAAUAAACAAUUGUGAAAUCGUU